GCUCACUGCCAGAGGAGAGCCACACCUCACUCACAGAGGGCAGGGCCCGGCUGCAGUCGGAUCUGCCUGCCUGGCCACGGCCAAUCAGAGCCCAGGGCUUGGCCCCAAGGAGUCGACCUCUUCCCUUCUGCCUGAGUGCCUUUCACUUCUACCAGGACCCUCACCCCUGCCACAUCGCGGUCCCGAGAGAAACUGCUUCUCAGGCCACAGCGUGUCUGAGUGCACCCACAAUGCAGAACCAGUCGCCUGUAGUGGUUGUGACCCAACCAGGAUUUGUGCGUGCGCCCCAAAACUCCAACUGGCAGACGGGCCUGUGUGACUGCUUCAGUGACUGCGGCGUGUGCCUCUGCGGCGUCUUCUGCUUCAUGUGCCUCGGGUGCCAGGUUGCGGCCGACAUGAACGAGUGCUGCCUGUGCGGGACGACCGUGGCCAUGCGGACGCUGUACCGGACGCGCUACGGCAUCCCGGGCUCCAUCUGCGAUGACUACAUGGUGACGCUCUGCUGCCCCGUGUGCUCUCUUUGCCAAAUUAAGAGGGACAUCAACCGGAGGAGAGCCAUGAACGCAUUCUAAGGACCGUGGUGAAGAGCUACACCUGAAGCAACUGAAACCACCAGACGUCUCUGUGGCCUCAAGAUUUGUCUAUCUUUCAAACUGAGAUAGGAUGGAUACUUUUAAUAUGGAUGAUGGCACAAAAAAUCAGAUGUUUGAUUUUUUUAAAUAAAUGUUGUCUGUUAGUUUGGUCUCUCUUUCAGUGUCAAAAUUGCUGGCUUAUAUUUUUUCUUUCUUUUGUACUCCAGGCUGGCCUUCAGCUUAUGACGAUCCUCUUGUCUCAGCCUCCCGAGUACUUGCAUUUAAAAUACACAUCAAAUAAAAGAUUUGACUAACCAGA